AUGUCUCCCAGCUACAGUAUUCAGAAUCUGUUGAAGGACGAGGUGAAGGAGGACGUGCAGUCGCCAAAGACCGAAUCCCAUGUCAUUAACGAAUGUGGCAACAAGACGGCUACCCCGCUGUUCUCGAGUCCCGGUAAGUAAGACGGGAUUCGGUUCGAAAGAAGAGAUUGUUUGGCUUCGGUGGGAAAGCUUGACUUUGGCCAGGUGCCUAAAGCAUUAUGUUUCGGCCAUUCACGCAUUUAUGAAAUCCGAGAAUCUCUUCACUGGGUUUUUGAUUCGCUUUAGUAGGACAACGAAAUUGCAUUUUAUGAAAAUUUAAAUGUCCAUUUCACACGUCAUUGCGUUUGGUUAAGUCAUCAAACUAAACGGCCGGCCUACUGUACAUUCGGCCGCCAAGUGUGAAAACAGAGAUUUGGAGGCGAGAUUCCGCCGAACAAACUACGGCCAAUAAGGCCUCAGGGCGGCCGACUUUCAUUGGUUUUGAUUUCAGCACAUUUGCCCUUGCUCGCGGCCAUGCAGCGGCUCAGUCCCUACAGUUUUAUGAAUCCGGUCCUAAUGGGGCCGGCCUUCUGGAACUCGGUCCAGCUGGAGCAGUUCUUUGCCACUUUUAUGAACAAUGCUAGUGCUGUUGGGAAUGAGAACAAAAAUUUGAAUAAUUUGAAAAGUCCUUCCAAAAUGAAGAGUUUGAAGGCAGCUACUGUGAGUUUAUGUUGUUAUGACUAAUUUAAUAUUAAGUUUUUUAAUCAUGAAAUUAAUUUUAAAUAAAUUUUAAACUAUUUUUGUAAAUAAAAAAGACGUACUUUAUGACAAAUACUAAAAUGCCAAGUUAUAAAAACUGUUUUCUGGCCUAAAGUAAUGUCGUGUACUUUUACUUUAGGCCAUUUCCUCGUUUGACCAUGUAACUCUGCAUGUUUAAUUCUUUUGUCAUCGCAAAUUCAUUUUAAUUCCAGGCCAAGAAUCUGGAGCGGCAAUUCGAGUGUAAACAAUGUGGCAAAAACUUCAAAAGGUCCUCCACUCUGUCGACGCACCUUUUAAUACACAGUGACACCCGACCUUAUCCAUGCGAGUAUUGUGGGAAACGGUUUCAUCAGAAGAGCGACAUGAAGAAGCAUACCUACAUACACACAGGUAAGGGCAUCGUUUAGUAAUAAGUAGCUAUUAGUUUGACUAUACCUUUUCGCAUAGGUAUAGAGUGAAUAUAGUAGAAUACAAAGGAUUUGCUUUCUCUUAUAAACAGGUAUUCUUCGUGUUUAUUAAGCCUAAGCUUAUAUGUAAGAAAUCUACUUUAUUGAGAAAUACAGUGAAAUCUGUGUAGCAGCCCUCAGACGUAAUCGCAGACCCGAGUUCAUCGUAUUUCAAUUUGUGGCCAAACUUUUGGGCCAAAUUAAAUCUCGGGCCCAAGCAUUGGCCGCGGCUUCAAAUCCGAAAGGCCCGGAGGGCAUGACAGUUAGAUUAAAGAUUCGCGCGACAUGUCAGGCUUCAUUGAACUCAUCAAUCAUUGUGCAGGUCGCAACAAGCACGCGAUUGCCCUGAUUAUAAUGAAUAACAUAUUCCAGGAGAGAAGCCUCACAAGUGUGCCGUCUGUGGCAAGGCCUUCUCCCAGUCCUCCAAUCUGAUCACCCACACCCGCAAGCACACCGGCUACAAGCCGUUCGCGUGUGAAGUCUGUGGACGGACGUUCCAGAGGAAGGUGGACAGACGAAGGCACACCGAGACCCAUCACCCUCAGGAAAUGUUCAGGACAACAUCACCUUCUACGUCUUCAGAGUUGCUGUCUACGCUGAGUUCGUGUCACGGUAAGAAAAAGAAUUCAAUAUAUUUUUAAAUUUUGAAACUAUAAUACGUUGUUAUCGUUUUUACAGUGUUAGCCACAUACAUGGCUUUAAAAAUCUAAUUAAUUCAGAAAAAUUUUCAAUUUUUAAAACCUUUUUUUUAUUAAAUCUUAUAAUAGGUUGGUUUUCCUGUUGUUUUAGUAGUCUAGCGGUAUUAUCUGUCCAAAAACCCCCAAUUUUUAAAUUCCAAAACCUAAAAUUGACCAAAACCUUAUCCUUCACAUUAUCGUUACAAUAUUAAUAUAUUCGUUACCAAUCCCCUUGUUUUGCAGCCAAACCAGAAGACAAAGAAGAAUCGCCGAUGGACGUGCUGUCACGGUUUGGACUGAGCCUCGACCUCACCACCAACUUGUUUUCGUUCGCUGAAGAUUCAGCUGAAGACGACCAGUCUUCGGGUCCUGCAGAUAUCACUUCGGAAGAGAUGAAAGUAUCAUAA